CUAAGAAAUGUGGCAGGUGGGAUUUUCCCUCGUGGCAUCACUGCUUGCUUUGCACAGUGUUUCUGCCACCAAGAAAGCACCCCCGGUAUAACAACCCCAUCAGCUACGCAGGCCAUUGCUUUCCUAAUGGCUGAAGGAUUUGCAUUCUAAGUCACUAUUUUGUUAAUGUACAAUACGGUUUCUACUUUCACAGGUUGUAGGUCACAAACAAGCUCCUCUGAAAAGAACAGUCAAAGAAUCUACAGAAUGGGCAAAACUUGAACAUGCUUGCUACAUGGAAGUGUCUGACUUCAUCAGCUCACUGGGGUCAUUAGAAGAACCUCUUUACCUAUUUGACUGGAGUAUACCAACACAUGCACCUGAACUGGCUAGAGAAUUAGUUAUUCCUAAAUACUUUGCCAGUGAUUUCUUACAAAGAACAGCACCUGGCUCCCUGUACAAAGAUAGUUGGCCAAGCUUAUUUAUUGCACCUAAAGGGUUACACAGUGAUCUGCACAUUGAUGCAUUUGGUUCCAACUUUUGGAUGGCUCUUUUUCAAGGCAGGAAAAGGUAAGCAAGUUUGUGAUAUGCAAGCUCUAGGUAUUCUCAAAGCUGACCAAGUGCCAUCUCUAAUUCUCUGUUCUUUGCAAACAAACUUAAUACCUCCCUUGAAAACCAAGUAGCCCUGAACAUUCAAUGAAAUUGACUUUUUUUAGUGCCUCAAUAGAACAUAAAAUUAUUAAAGGGAAUUCUGAGACAUGAGCCCAGUCAACCGUAAGCCUAUACUAGAAAAUGAUCACACUCUUUCCGGAUCUGGUUGCACUUGAAAUAAACCACCACCUUGGUUUCAAAUGUUUUUGGUGGUUGCACUUCUAUUAUCUUGAUGGUUAUCUAUAAUAUUAUGAUGGUCAAUAAUUGACCAUCAUAAUAUUAUAGAUAAUAAUUAAUUUAUAAAUUAUUUAUAAAUUAAAAUUUUAUUUUUGGUAGGUGGACUUUCUUCAGCAGAGAUGACACACCAUUACUGUAUCCACAUUAUGAAGACUCAAUGGACAUUGUGUUUGAUGUCGACCUGAGUUGUCCAGACUUUGAAAAACAUCCCUUAUUGAGCAGGACAACCCCGUUACAAUGUACAUUGCAGCCUGGAGAACUUCUUUUUGUUCCUUAUGGCUGCCCACACAGAGUGGAAAACCUGGAGGAUUCCUUAGCCAUGUCUGCUAAUUUUGUCGAUUUAUCAAAUUUUCAAGUUGUUCUUGAGGAACUGAGGGCAAAUUCUUUGUUAGAUCCUCGAGCAGAAGACCUUUUAACUCAAAUGACGAAUCAGGACUUUCCUGUAAAAAUGCAUAGUCAGCAAAAUGAUCUGCCUUGGGAUGAAUUUAAGACAUGGCCAAGACCUUCAUACAAAGAGUAUGAUAUUAACAUCACUGAUUUAAUGUGA